AUGAGCGAUGGAGGAAUGGAUGAAAUAUCUCAACUUUUCGCGGAGGAACCCGUUUCACCUCGUCAGCCAUCUCUCGGUGUGAUUGUUCAACAAUCAGGCGCCUCAAGACCCGCAGAUCAGACCCAGUUGGCUCCUUACUCACUAUCGCCCAGUCUCGCCGACACCUCUUCGGCAUUCAUCAUCAACUGGUUUGAGCAGGUGUGCCCAGCGUGGUCCGGCUUCGACUCGAACGCGAAUCUGAAUCGAAAGAUCGCCAUAGACCUCUGGAGAACCUCCGCCACGGUGUGCAGCUCUCUCGAGAGCAUGUCCGCCGCGUUCCUGGCAUCCCGACUCCCGAGCAUGAGGCAAUCCGCACUACGGCUCAUGCAACGAGCGACAGACUUCAUUCAAGCCGAGCUCCAGGUCGUGAAGGCACAAGGCGAAUUCCGCUCCGUUCCAACGGGUCUCAUAUUCUCGCUCUUCUGCUUAGGGACAACGGUCUGCUGGGUCGACUCCCGCUUGUACGGGCUCCCAUUCUUGAGAGAAGUGAGAUCUCUCAUCCGCCGGCUGAAUGCGCAAUCUGCGUCAUUCUCUACCGCGAACCAAGACAUGCUUUCGUUCUUCAAUAAGAGCUUGGCGUACUGCGAGAUGCUUCUCUCCGUGGUGCGCGAUGAUGAGCCGCUUGAUCAAGGAGACGCAGACUUGGCGCUUCAGAUCAUCGAAGAGCGCUCACCCCACCCGUGGACCGGUGUCUCUACUCUAACAACACGCCUUUUCGCCGAGUCGAUUCGGCUGUGUCGCAGCGCACGACAUCGACUGAGGCAAGCGAUGGAUCCACAAAAGUACUUCUCAAAUGCUCUUCAAGACUUGAUAGGAGCCCAGCGUCUGGAGGAGCAGCUGUUGGAGCUUGAGUUCCCGUCGGAAACCCCGGAUGUCGACACGGGCGACAGCUCGACGCCGGUGUCCCACCUCGCCAGAGUUGCCGAAGCCUAUCGACUCUCAUCGCUGUUACACUUGUACCAGACCUUCCCUGACCUGGUCUCCCUACGACUGCCGGCCGAAUCACCAAUGACUGAGAGUGGCUCUGUGCCGUGGGACGAGUGGAUCAUUCCCCUGGCCUUGAGACUCGUCAAGGUCCUCGAACACAUCCCGGCAACUUCGGGUACCCGCGUCAUCCAGCCACUGCUGUACAUCUCGGCGAGUACCGGACUUCGCCACGACGCACCAGCUACGUCUGAUAUGAUGGGUGCUUUCGGGUCCCUGCAGCAAGACCUGAUGGGAGGGACGGGGUCAAACAUGUUCAGCCCUCCGCCGCUGUUUGAUUCGCACAACUUGUCUCAGUACAUUAGCCAGAUGGCAGAGGCUCCGACGCGGGAGGGUUCAAUGUCCAAUAUGACACUUGACGUUGGGAGUGCUCGCCACUUCGUCAUGAGGCGCUUGAGUAUCCUGGAGAGCAGCUUACCUCCGACCCCAGUCGUGGUAGCAAAGGAUCUUGUCCAGUCUAUCUGGAGGGCGUACGAUAACGAUAUUGGAUCGCCCACGGUACACUGGAUUGACGUGAUGGAAGAUAACGACUUACGUUCAAUGUUUGGGUGA